UUCAAAAAUUUGUGAUGUGAUGGACGUUUUUUAUUCCAUAGAAUAAAAAAACAAAAGUGAGCAAGAGGUAAAAUUAUAACGAUGAAGUAUGUGUGGUGUGUUGUCGUUCUGUUGGCGUAUAUUCAACACUUGCGUGGAUAUGAGCGAAAUGUCACGUGUCAAGCAAAAAUGUGUUUGAAAGAAUGGAAACCAGUUUGUGGUACUAACAGUCGAACGUAUUGGAACAAGCAAUACCUAACAAAUCAUAAUUGCAAGAAGAACGAAAAAGUGACCAUUCGACAUAAUGAUAUAUGUUAUGCUAAAUUUGGGGCAAACUUUUUCAAACCUUUGGAUUCUGCCUUAUCAAAUGAACAAAAGGCAACAGUUGAUACCAAAACCAUACUUCAAAUUGCUCAUAUGAUUGGGGUCUCGCCACAACAUAUAGUAAAGCAGUACAACAUCAACUCUGGUUUGCUUUACUAUUUGAACGAAACAUCUCUAAAUGAUGUGGCAAAAUGUUUUACGUUAUCGCGAAGUAAUCAGUCCAUCAAAUCCAUGUUUGAUGUGAUCUUAAAAGCAGAAGUAUCUCCUAUGGACCGAAUCCGAAAACGAAUCAUGGAAUUUCGGAAUUUCGGAUUUAAUUUAGUGGAUAACUAUUUACUGCCUACUAACAAUAGUGUUUAUUCAUCUCUGCAUAAAUUUUGCACUCUUUUACCAAAUCUCUAUGAACGUGCAUACGACCCAUAUCUUCUUAGUGCAAUUGCAAAAUCUCAUGGAAAUACAUCGUUGGAAGAUUAUAAAAAGUUCUUGAAAGCUUUCAAUAUUGAAAAGUCAAUGAAAAAUGGCAUUUUAGCGUAUUACGAAAAAGAUACUAUAAACUUAACAAAAUCGAAAGAAAUGGUGAAGGAAAGCAUAAUAAAAUUUUACACCAACAUCAACGUUACCAUGGUUGCGAGAAAGCUAAGCUUAAACGAGCAAGAUGUUAAGAAGCUAACCUUAGUUGAGAUGACCGCCAGGUAUGAGAAUGUGUCAACCGCUUUGGUGUACUACCUUUACCUGAGUGGAGGCGUAUCAACCCAAAUUUACAAAGUAGCUGAAAAAAUGUCUCUUGGGGAAUUAUUCCACGCUUUUGGCAACUCAUCAUUGGUUAAUAUGUCGUUAGGUCACACGUUCCUGCAGAUAGCUAAGUCUGGAAAUUAUAUAAGCAUGCUAGGUAGUCAUCCACUCGUUUCUGUAGCUGCAAUGAACGGAGUAAUAGGAGUUCAAAACAUAUCAACCUACACUCUCAUGCAAAUGUCAACCACAGCAUCUAAAUUACCAGAGAAGUUCUUCCUGGCUUGGUUUAACAUUAAUGAAAUGGCGGCAACUCAAAUGAGAAGUAAAAUCUCAAAAAUAUUUAAAUUGUACUACAAUGGUACAUCACCAAUUGACCUUCAACACCUAAGUCUUUAUCAACUUUCAUCCAGAGAUAUUGUUGGUCAGGAUGCUGUCAAGAAGGAAUACAUGAAAGGAUUGCAUUGGAUCUACAAGCACGUAGAGUUUGGGCAUGUCAGGAGUAUGUAUGGAAUGACAGAUGCAGAUGUUCAAGCACUACCCGUCAUAAAACUUCUGGAGAAAUAUCAAGGACUGGAUAAAGAAAGUGCGAAGAAGUUAUUUUCUAUGAAUGCGUUUUCUAUUUUAAACACAUUUUCACCGAUACAAAUGCUAAUGUCGAGUACCAUUCAAGCGAACUGGACCUUCAGUCGUAUUAACAAAACGCUUCAAGAGAAAUAUGGAGAAUUAAGAUCGAAAACAUUCCUUAACAUUCAAAUGCUCUCCAUCCCACAUUUCUGUGACGUUGAUGCCGAAGACAGUAAAGAUAUGUCCUUUCAUGAUCUUAGCAUGAAAUGUGUUGGAUUAUCCUUGACAAAGGAAGAACUUGGUUUGUCUGGUGAUGUUUUGCGCAGUGCUGCUCAAAAGUCUUUGGGAGGUAUAAUGAAAGUCUUCUCAAAUGAUGACAAAAUAAAGAAACAUCUGAUGUACCUUAACAUGAGAAAAUUGGCUACCCUCUCGAAAAUUCCGAAAUCAAAGGUCUUUUUAAAUCGUUUGUCAGACAUUCUUGUAGAUGGUAUAAAUACUACUACAGUAACGCUUGGAAUGGUGGUAGGAGAACACUUGAUAUCAAAUGAUACUGUUGAAAAAGCUUUAAACGGUUGGCUUGGUAAUGAAAAAUAUGUUAAAGGGGUAUUUGCAAUGAGCAUAUCAAACAUACUGUUGACAUUAAAUGUCGAUUUAAAAACUCUGACUAAUUUUACCAUUGAUGAUAUCAUGACAUCCACCAUAUCAAAAAUGGAUUCAAACCAGGCUGCAUUUUUACCCUUUGCCCCGUCGAAACUAAUGUGUAAUGAAAGCAAAAUGUCUUCAACUCUGAUGAAAAUAAACUCUUGUUUUGAAAGCAUCUAUAUCAAGUUGCUAGACACGAAAAUCAGUGGAAAAUUUACUCCUGCUGAAGUCAACGCUUUAUCUGGAAGUUCUCACAACGUCAACUUAAUGGAUUUCUUCAGCUUAUCCUCUUCUCUUUCUUCCAGUCUUACAGAAAUUCGAAAGAAAGCCCGGACACCUUUAGUAUUGUUAGCUCAUGAAAAGGGCAUUUCGAUAGAAAAAUUAAUUGAUGACAAUUUAGUGCUGACGUCAGUAUCUAUAUUUGGAUUUAAAGAGAAAGUCUUACAAAAAGUAUUCAGCAUUCCUGACAGUGUCAUGAACCAAGCAUCCACCUAUAGUUUACGCAUGUUGCAUGAACUCGAAAACAGUAUUGACAAUGUCAAACAAGUGUACACAGUACCUUUGAUAACCACGUUUGAUGUUGUUUCUGGUCGUUUGGAAGGCAAACAUGCUAAAAAUUACGAACUUCCUAAAGCAAUAAAACUAAUAUCAACUAAAACAUUGUCUACAAUUUCGAAAAUUUACAAAAGCUCUUUAGAUUCAUCGUAUAUUAGAAGCAUAACAUUGGUGAAGUUAGCUGAGGAACUUUUUGGAGUUACCGACAUCUUUUUUAAAGAUAUGGCACUGAACAUGGAGCAACUGAAGAUGUUGAAUGAAACUAAAAUAGGAGAUGUGGCACAUUUCAAAGUACCUGAAGGUAAAAGAUUUGAAGACAUACAGCUUUCUAAAUUGACAGAAUUAAUUUUAGACCUACCGUCGUCAGAUCUACGAAAAAUGUUACUUCAAACCGUCAAAACCUUAGUAAAUAAUACAGAUGAAGGAUUUGGCACUAUACGUGAUCUUUUUAAAGGCAGCAAAUCUGGAGCUGACCUAACAGAAUUCAUUUCCUUAACAAUGAAAGCAGUAAAUGUAGACAAAAAUUCGAAGCCAGAUGCAUACAUGGAAAAGUUACUAUCAUUUAACUUGACUCGGUUACCCAUGAAAGUUAUGAAUGAGAGAUUUAUGACGGCGAUCGCACACAUAAUGUUGCCCAAAAACUGUCUUCUGAGUGCUUGUAACAAUAGAUGGGAACCUCAAUGCGCAGCCGACAAGAAAACGUAUGUCAACAAAUGUCAUCUGCAAAAAGAAAUUUGCAUGCAAAACAAGACCAUGCAAGUUGGAGGAAAUUGCUUAGAAGGAUUUCCAAACUCGUUUUUUGUCAUGCCGUUAGACAGUGUCAUACCACAACAAUACAAGAAGGAUAUUGAUACAAAGACUUUAUUUCAAGUUGCAACAAUUGUGGGAGUUUCCACCGAAAGAUUGAUAAAUCAUUACCAUAUUGAAGGAGAACUGCUUGCUUAUCUUAGCACAACAUCAUUAAAUGACGUGGCUCAAUGCUUCACUUUGCUUCGAUUCAGUCAGUCGUUGAAGCAUAUGUUCGACGAAGUUCUAAAGAAUGAUGCAUAUCCAACAGAAAGAAUUUACGCAAGGAUGACUGUGUUUCAUGUCUUGGGAUUCACAUCUGUCAACAAAUAUUUACCACCUGCAAACAGUAGCGCAUAUUUCAAGCUGCAUAAAUUUUGCACUCUUUUACCAAAUCUAUAUGAACGUGCAUACGACCCAUAUCUUCUUAGUGCAGUGGCAAAAUCACAUGGAAAUACAUCGUUGGAAGAUUAUAGAAAGUUUUUGAAAGCUUUUAAUAUCGAAAAGUCAAUGAAAGGAGCUGCCCUUGCUUAUUUUAAAAACGAUGCAAUGAACAGAUUAUAUUUCGCUUCCGUAAUAAAGAACCAAACAAUACAAUUUUACAAUGGUAUAAAUCUUACCUUAGUCGGCGAGAAGUUAAGACUUACUAAGCAGGACUUGCUUUGCUUGACAUUGACGCAAAUGACUGCAAAGUAUGCACUUGUGGAACAUACGUUAGUCUUCUACUUGUACUUGAGUGGUGGUAUAUCAAUAAACUUCUACACUGUUGCUGCAAAUGUUCGUCUAAUGGAGCUAAAUAGCACAUUUAAAGGAUCCAUUCUUUUCGAUAUGCCUUUGUCUAGUUUAUUUACAAAAAUUCAGAAAUUCGGCGAUAAAGCUGUAACAACAGGCUAUACUCCAGCAGUUCUUGCAGCUCAUCCUGUUGGUAUCAUAGGGCUCAAAAACAUAAUGGAAUUGAACUUGAUGGAUCUUUCUACGCGCUCGACAAGUAUGAGUGAGAAGUUUAUUGUGUCCUGGUUCAUGAUUAGUGAAAAAGAUGUCCAGCGUAUGAAGACGCAGUCAUUAGGUCACCUUCUAAAGUCUGAGGCGCCGUACAAAUCAUUUUCCAUGAAUGCUCUUCAACACCUUUCGCUGUAUGAGAUAUCAUCGCGUGCAUUCAAAUCUCAUGAUGAUGUUACGAAAGGUUUUGUUAAAGGAUUGUUUGUAGUGUUUAAAUAUGUAGAGUUCCAAUGGAUGCCGCCUAUUUAUGCAAUGUCAGACUCCGAUGUCAAUUCGAUGACUGUUUUGAAAUUGCUUGACAAAUAUCUUGGACUUAAAUCAGAACUUGCAAAAAAUAUUUUUGCGAGAUCUACUUAUGAUUUGUUCAACUUAUAUACACCAAAUGAAUUGAUCAGCAAAGGUUCCAUCAAUAAGUCAUGGACUAUCAGUAAAAUUAAUGAUACCAUCAAAACUACGCCCAAAACGUGUCAAGCAAAAAUGUGUUUAAAAGAAUGGAAACCAGUUUGUGGUACUAACAGUCGAACGUAUUGGAACAAGCAAUACCUAACAAAUCAUAAUUGCGAGAAGGACGAAAAAGUGACCGUUCGACAUAACGAUAUAUGUUAUGAUAAAUUUGGGGCAAACUUCUUCAAACCUUUGGAUUCUGCUUUAUCAAAUGAACAAAAGGCAACCGUUGAUACCAAAACCAUACUUCAAAUCGCUCAUAUGAUUGGGGUCUCGCCACAACAUAUAGUCAAGCAGUACAGCAUUAACUCCAGUUUGCUUUAUUAUUUGAACGAAACAUCUCUAAAUGAUGUCGCAAAGUGUUUUACGUUAUCGCGAAGUAUUCAGUCCAUCAAAUCCAUGUUUGAUGCCAUAUUAAAGGCAGAAAUAUCUCCCAUGGACCGAAUCCGAAAACGAAUCAUGGAAUUUCAGGAUUUCGAAUUUACCUUAGUGGAUAACUAUUUACCGCCUAGCAAUCAUAGUGUGUAUUCAUCUCUGCAUAAAUUUUGCACUCUUUUACCAAAUCUCUAUGAACGUGCAUACGACCCAUAUCUUCUUAGUGCAAUUGCAAAAUCUCAUGGAAAUACAUCGUUGGAAGAUUAUAAAAAGUUCUUGAAAGCUUUCAAUAUUGAAAAGUCAAUGAAAAAUGGCAUUUUAGCGUAUUUCGAAAAAGAUACUAUAAACUUAACAAAAUCGAAAGAAAUGGUGAACGAAAGCAUAAUAAAAUUUUACACCAACAUCAACGUUACCAUGGUUGCGAGAAAGCUAAGCUUAAACGAGCAAGAUGUUAAGAAGCUAACCUUAGUUGAGAUGACCGCCAGGUAUGAGAAUGUGUCAGCCGCUUUGGUGUACUACCUUUACCUGAGUGGAGGCGUAUCAACCCAAAUUUACAAAGUAGCUGAAAAAAUGUCUCUUGGGGAAUUAUUCCACGCUUUUGGCAACUCAUCAUUGGUUAAUAUGUCGUUAGGUCACACGUUCCUGCAGAUAGCUAAGUCUGGAAAUUAUAUAAGCAUGCUAGGUAGUCAUCCACUCGUUUCUGUAGCUGCAAUGAACGGAGUAAUAGGAGUUCAAAACAUAUCAACCUACACUCUCAUGCAAAUGUCAACCACAGCAUCUAAAUUACCAGAGAAGUUCUUCCUGGCUUGGUUUAACAUUAAUGAAAUGGCGGCAACUCAAAUGAGAAGUAAAAUCUCAAAAAUAUUUAAAUUGUACUACAAUGGUACAUCACCAAUUGACCUUCAACACCUAAGUCUUUAUCAACUUUCAUCCAGAGAUAUUGUUGGUCAGGAUGCUGUCAAGAAGGAAUACAUGAAAGGAUUGCAUUGGAUCUACAAGCACGUAGAGUUUGGGCAUGUCAGGAGUAUGUAUGGAAUGACAGAUGCAGAUGUUCAAGCACUACCCGUCAUAAAACUUCUGGAGAAAUAUCAAGGACUGGAUAAAGAAAGUGCGAAGAAGUUAUUUUCUAUGAAUGCGUUUUCUAUUUUAAACACAUUUUCACCGAUACAAAUGCUAAUGUCGAGUACCAUUCAAGCGAACUGGACCUUCAGUCGUAUUAACAAAACGCUUCAAGAGAAAUAUGGAGAAUUAAGAUCGAAAACAUUCCUUAACAUUCAAAUGCUCUCCAUCCCACAUUUCUGUGACGUUGAUGCCGAAGACAGUAAAGAUAUGUCCUUUCAUGAUCUUAGCAUGAAAUGUGUUGGAUUAUCCUUGACAAAGGAAGAACUUGGUUUGUCUGGUGAUGUUUUGCGCAGUGCUGCUCAAAAGUCUUUGGGAGGUAUAAUGAAAGUCUUCUCAAAUGAUGACAAAAUAAAGAAACAUCUGAUGUACCUUAACAUGAGAAAAUUGGCUACCCUCUCGAAAAUUCCGAAAUCAAAGGUCUUUUUAAAUCGUUUGUCAGACAUUCUUGUAGAUGGUAUAAAUACUACUACAGUAACGCUUGGAAUGGUGGUAGGAGAACACUUGAUAUCAAAUGAUACUGUUGAAAAAGCUUUAAACGGUUGGCUUGGUAAUGAAAAAUAUGUUAAAGGGGUAUUUGCAAUGAGCAUAUCAAACAUACUGUUGACAUUAAAUGUCGAUUUAAAAACUCUGACUAAUUUUACCAUUGAUGAUAUCAUGACAUCCACCAUAUCAAAAAUGGAUUCAAACCAGGCUGCAUUUUUACCCUUUGCCCCGUCGAAACUAAUGUGUAAUGAAAGCAAAAUGUCUUCAACUCUGAUGAAAAUAAACUCUUGUUUUGAAAGCAUCUAUAUCAAGUUGCUAGACACGAAAAUCAGUGGAAAAUUUACUCCUGCUGAAGUCAACGCUUUAUCUGGAAGUUCUCACAACGUCAACUUAAUGGAUUUCUUCAGCUUAUCCUCUUCUCUUUCUUCCAGUCUUACAGAAAUUCGAAAGAAAGCCCGGACACCUUUAGUAUUGUUAGCUCAUGAAAAGGGCAUUUCGAUAGAAAAAUUAAUUGAUGACAAUUUAGUGCUGACGUCAGUAUCUAUAUUUGGAUUUAAAGAGAAAGUCUUACAAAAAGUAUUCAGCAUUCCUGACAGUGUCAUGAACCAAGCAUCCACCUAUAGUUUACGCAUGUUGCAUGAACUCGAAAACAGUAUUGACAAUGUCAAACAAGUGUACACAGUACCUUUGAUAACCACGUUUGAUGUUGUUUCUGGUCGUUUGGAAGGCAAACAUGCUAAAAAUUACGAACUUCCUGAAGCAAUAAAACUAAUAUCAAAUAAAACAUUGUCCACAAUUUCGAAAAUUUACAAAAGCACAGAUUCAUCGUAUAUUAGAAGCAUAACAUUGGUGAAGUUAGCUGAGGAACUUUUUGGAGUUACCGACAUCUUUUUUAAAGAUAUGGCACUGAACAUGGAGCAACUGAAGAUGUUGAAUGAAACUAAAAUAGGAGAUGUGGCACAUUUCAAAGUACCUGAAGGUAAAAGAUUUGAAGACAUACAGCUUUCUAAAUUGACAGAAUUAAUUUUAGACCUACCGUCGUCAGAUCUACGAAAAAUGUUACUUCAAACCGUCAAAACCUUAGUAAAUAAUACAGAUGAAGAAUUUGGCACUAUACGUGAUCUUUUUAAAGGCAGCAAAUCUGGAGCUGACCUAACAGAAUUCAUUUCCUUAACAAUGAAAGCAGUAAAUGUAGACAAAAAUUCGAAGCCAGAUGCAUACAUGGAAAAGUUACUAUCAUUUAACUUGACUCGGUUACCCAUGAAAGUUAUGAAUGAGAGAUUUAUGACGGCGAUCGCACACAUAAUGUUGCCCAAAAACUGUCUUCUGAGUGCUUGUAACAAUAGAUGGGAACCUCAAUGCGCAGCAGACAAGAAAACUUAUGUCAACAAAUGCCAUCUGCAAAAAGAAAUUUGCAUGCAAAACAAGACCAUGCAAGUUGGAGGAGAUUGCUUAGAAGGAUUUCCAAACUCGUUUUUUGUCAUGCCGUUAGACAGUGUCAUACCACAACAAUACAAGAAGGAUAUUGAUACAAAGACUUUAUUUCAAGUUGCAACAAUUGUGGGAGUUUCCACCGAAAGAUUGAUAAAUCAUUACCAUAUUGAAGGAGAACUGCUUGCUUAUCUUAGCACAACAUCAUUAAAUGACGUGGCUCAAUGCUUCACUUUGCUUCGAUUCAGUCAGUCGUUGAAGCAUAUGUUCGACGAAGUUCUAAAGAAUGAUGCAUAUCCAACAGAAAGAAUUUACGCAAGGAUGACUGUGUUUCAUGUCUUGGGAUUCACAUCUGUCAACAAAUAUUUACCACCUGCAAACAGUAGCGCAUAUUUCAAGCUGCAUAAAUUUUGCACUCUUUUACCAAAUCUAUAUGAACGUGCAUACGACCCAUAUCUUCUUAGUGCAGUGGCAAAAUCACAUGGAAAUACAUCGUUGGAAGAUUAUAGAAAGUUUUUGAAAGCUUUUAAUAUCGAAAAGUCAAUGAAAGGAGCUGCCCUUGCUUAUUUUAAAAACGAUGCAAUGAACAGAUUAUAUUUCGCUUCCGUAAUAAAGAACCAAACAAUACAAUUUUACAAUGUUAUAAAUCUUACCUUAGUCGGCGAGAAGUUAAGACUUACUAAGCAGGACUUGCUUUGCUUGACAUUGACGCAAAUGACUGCAAAGUAUGCACUUGUGGAACAUACGUUAGUCUUCUACUUGUACUUGAGUGGUGGUAUAUCAAUAAACUUCUACACUGUUGCUGCAAAUGUUCGUCUAAUGGAGCUAAAUAGCACAUUUAAAGGAUCCAUUCUUUUCGAUAUGCCUUUGUCUAGUUUAUUUACAAAAAUUCAGAAAUUCGGCGAUAAAGCUGUAACAACAGGCUAUACUCCAGCAGUUCUUGCAGCUCAUCCUGUUGGUAUCAUAGGGCUCAAAAACAUAAUGGAAUUGAACUUGAUGGAUCUUUCUACGCGCUCGACAAGUAUGAGUGAGAAGUUUAUUGUGUCCUGGUUCAUGAUUAGUGAAAAAGAUGUCCAGCGUAUGAAGACGCAGUCAUUAGGUCACCUUCUAAAGUCUGAGGCGCCGUACAAAUCAUUUUCCAUGAAUGCUCUUCAACACCUUUCGCUGUAUGAGAUAUCAUCGCGUGCAUUCAAAUCUCAUGAUGAUGUUACGAAAGGUUUUGUUAAAGGAUUGUUUGUAGUGUUUAAAUAUGUAGAGUUCCAAUGGAUGCCGCCUAUUUAUGCAAUGUCAGACUCCGAUGUCAAUUCGAUGACUGUUUUGAAAUUGCUUGACAAAUAUCUUGGACUUAAAUCAGAACUUGCAAAAAAUAUUUUUGCGAGAUCUACUUAUGAUUUGUUCAACUUAUAUACACCAAAUGAAUUGAUCAGCAAAGGUUCCAUCAAUAAAUCAUGGACUAUCAGUAAAAUUAAUGAUACCAUCAAAACUACGCCCAAAACGUGUCAAGCAAAAAUGUGUUUAAAAGAAUGGAAACCAGUUUGUGGUACUAACAGUCGAACGUAUUGGAACAAGCAAUACCUAACAAAUCAUAAUUGCGAGAAGGACGAAAAAGUGACCGUUCGACAUAACGAUAUAUGUUAUGAUAAAUUUGGGGCAAACUUCUUCAAACCUUUGGAUUCUGCUUUAUCAAAUGAACAAAAGGCAACCGUUGAUACCAAAACCAUACUUCAAAUCGCUCAUAUGAUUGGGGUCUCGCCACAACAUAUAGUCAAGCAGUACAGCAUUAACUCCAGUUUGCUUUAUUAUUUGAACGAAACAUCUCUAAAUGAUGUCGCAAAGUGUUUUACGUUAUCGCGAAGUAUUCAGUCCAUCAAAUCCAUGUUUGAUGCCAUAUUAAAGGCAGAAAUAUCUCCCAUGGACCGAAUCCGAAAACGAAUCAUGGAAUUUCAGGAUUUCGAAUUUACCUUAGUGGAUAACUAUUUACCGCCUAGCAAUCAUAGUGUGUAUUCAUCUCUGCAUAAAUUUUGCACUCUUUUACCAAAUCUCUAUGAACGUGCAUACGACCCAUAUCUUCUUAGUGCAAUUGCAAAAUCUCAUGGAAAUACAUCGUUGGAAGAUUAUAAAAAGUUCUUGAAAGCUUUCAAUAUUGAAAAGUCAAUGAAAAAUGGCAUUUUAGCGUAUUACGAAAAAGAUACUAUAAACUUAACAAAAUCGAAAGAAAUGGUGAAGGAAAGCAUAAUAAAAUUUUACACCAACAUCAACGUUACCAUGGUUGCGAGAAAGCUAAGCUUAAACGAGCAAGAUGUUAAGAAGCUAACCUUAGUUGAGAUGACCGCCAGGUAUGAGAAUGUGUCAGCCGCUUUGGUGUACUACCUUUACCUGAGUGGAGGCGUAUCAACCCAAAUUUACAAAGUAGCUGAAAAAAUGUCUCUUGGGGAAUUAUUCCACGCUUUUGGCAACUCAUCAUUGGUUAAUAUGUCGUUAGGUCACACGUUCCUGCAGAUAGCUAAGUCUGGAAAUUAUAUAAGCAUGCUAGGUAGUCAUCCACUCGUUUCUGUAGCUGCAAUGAACGGAGUAAUAGGAGUUCAAAACAUAUCAACCUACACUCUCAUGCAAAUGUCAACCACAGCAUCUAAAUUACCAGAGAAGUUCUUCCUGGCUUGGUUUAACAUUAAUGAAAUGGCGGCAACUCAAAUGAGAAGUAAAAUCUCAAAAAUAUUUAAAUUGUACUACAAUGGUACAUCACCAAUUGACCUUCAACACCUAAGUCUUUAUCAACUUUCAUCCAGAGAUAUUGUUGGUCAGGAUGCUGUCAAGAAGGAAUACAUGAAAGGAUUGCAUUGGAUCUACAAGCACGUAGAGUUUGGGCAUGUCAGGAGUAUGUAUGGAAUGACAGAUGCAGAUGUUCAAGCACUACCCGUCAUAAAACUUCUGGAGAAAUAUCAAGGACUGGAUAAAGAAAGUGCGAAGAAGUUAUUUUCUAUGAAUGCGUUUUCUAUUUUAAACACAUUUUCACCGAUACAAAUGCUAAUGUCGAGUGCCAUUCAAGCGAACUGGACCUUCAGUCGUAUUAACAAAACGCUUCAAGAGAAAUAUGGAGAAUUAAGAUCGAAAACAUUCCUUAACAUUCAAAUGCUCUCCAUCCCACAUUUCUGUGACGUUGAUGCCGAAGACAGUAAAGAUAUGUCCUUUCAUGAUCUUAGCAUGAAAUGUGUUGGAUUAUCCUUGACAAAGGAAGAACUUGGUUUGUCUGGUGAUGUUUUGCGCAGUGCUGCUCAAAAGUCUUUGGGAGGUAUAAUGAAAGUCUUCUCAAAUGAUGACAAAAUAAAGAAACAUCUGAUGUACCUUAACAUGAGAAAAUUGGCUACCCUCUCGAAAAUUCCGAAAUCAAAGGUCUUUUUAAAUCGUUUGUCAGACAUUCUUGUAGAUGGUAUAAAUACUACUACAGUAACGCUUGGAAUGGUGGUAGGAGAACACUUGAUAUCAAAUGAUACUGUUGAAGAAGCUUUAAACGGUUGGCUUGGUAAUGAAAAAUAUGUUAAAGGGGUAUUUGCAAUGAGCAUAUCAAACAUACUGUUGACAUUAAAUGUCGAUUUAAAAACUCUGACUAAUUUUACCAUUGAUGAUAUCAUGACAUCCACCAUAUCAAAAAUGGAUUCAAACCAGGCUGCAUUUUUACCCUUUGCACCGUCGAAACUAUUGUGUAAUGAAAGCAAAUUGUCUUCAACUCUGAUGAAAAUAAACUCCUGUUUUGAAAGCAUCUAUAUCAAGUUGCUAGACACGAAAAUCAGUGGAAAAUUUACUCCUGCUGAAGUCAACGCUUUAUCUGGAAGUUCUCACAACGUCAACUUAAUGGAUUUCUUCAGCUUAUCCUCUUCGCUUUCUUCCAGUCUUACAGAAAUUCAAAAGAAAGCCCGGACACCUUUAGUAUUGUUAGCUCAUGAAAAGGGUAUUUCAAUAGAAAAAUUAAUUGAUGACAAUUUAGUGCUGACGUCAGUAUCUAUAUUUGGUUUUAAAGAGAAAGUCUUACAAAAAGUAUUCAGCAUUCCUGACAGUGUCAUGAACCAAGCAUCCACCUAUAGUUUACGCAUGUUGCAUGAACUCGAAAACAGUAUUGACAAUGUCAAACAAGUGUACACAGUACCUUUGAUAACCACGUUGGAUGUUGUUUCUGGUCGUUUGGAAGGCAAACAUGCUAAAAAUUACGAACUUCCUAAAGCAAUAAAACUAAUAUCAACUAAAACAUUGUCUACAAUUUCGAAAAUUUACAAAAGCUCUUUAGAUUCAUCGUAUAUUAGAAGCAUAACAUUGGUGAAGUUAGCUGAGGAACUUUUUGGAGUUACCGACAUCUUUUUUAAAGAUAUGGCACUGAACAUGGAGCAACUGAAGAUGUUGAAUGAAACUAAAAUAGGAGAUGUGGCACAUUUCAAAGUACCUGAAGGUAAAAGAUUUGAAGACAUACAGCUUUCUAAAUUGACAGAAUUAAUUUUAGACCUACCGUCGUCAGAUCUACGAAAAAUGUUACUUCAAACCGUCAAAACCUUAGUAAAUAAUACAGAUGAAGGAUUUGGCACUAUACGUGAUCUUUUUAAAGGCAGCAAAUCUGGAGCUGACCUAACAGAAUUCAUUUCCUUAACAAUGAAAGCAGUAAAUGUAGACAAAAAUUCGAAGCCAGAUGCAUACAUGGAAAAGUUACUAUCAUUUAACUUGACUCGGUUACCCAUGAAAGUUAUGAAUGAGAGAUUUAUGACGGCGAUCGCACACAUAAUGUUGCCCAAAAACUGUCUUCUGAGUGCUUGUAACAAUAGAUGGGAACCUCAAUGCGCAGCCGACAAGAAAACGUAUGUCAACAAAUGUCAUCUGCAAAAAGAAAUUUGCAUGCAAAACAAGACCAUGCAAGUUGGAGGAAAUUGCUUAGAAGGAUUUCCAAACUCGUUUUUUGUCAUGCCGUUAGACAGUGUCAUACCACAACAAUACAAGAAGGAUAUUGAUACAAAGACUUUAUUUCAAGUUGCAACAAUUGUGGGAGUUUCCACCGAAAGAUUGAUAAAUCAUUACCAUAUUGAAGGAGAACUGCUUGCUUAUCUUAGCACAACAUUAUUAAAUGACGUGGCUCAAUGCUUCACUUUGCUUCGAUUCAGUCAGUCGUUGAAGCAUAUGUUCGACGAAGUUCUAAAGAAUGAUGCAUAUCCAACAGAAAGAAUUUACGCAAGGAUGACUGUGUUUCAUGUCUUGGGAUUCACAUCUGUCAACAAAUAUUUACCACCUGCAAACAGUAGCGCAUAUUUCAAGCUGCAUAAAUUUUGCACUAUUUUACCAAAUCUAUAUGAACGUGCAUACGACCCAUAUCUUCUUAGUGCAGUGGCAAAAUCACAUGGAAAUACAUCGUUGGAAGAUUAUAGAAAGUUUUUGAAAGCUUUUAAUAUCGAAAAGUCAAUGAAAGGAGCUGUCCUUGCUUAUUUUAAAAACGAUGCAAUGAACAGAUUAUAUUUCGCUUCCGUAAUAAAGAACCAAACAAUACAAUUUUACAAUGGUAUAAAUCUUACCUUAGUCGGCGAGAAGUUAAGACUUACUAAGCAGGACUUGCUUUGCUUGACAUUGACGCAAAUGACUGCAAAGUAUGCACUUGUGGAACAUACGUUAGUCUUCUACUUGUACUUGAGUGGUGGUAUAUCAAUAAACUUCUACACUGUUGCUGCAAAUGUUCGUCUAAUGGAGCUAAAUAGCACAUUUAAAGAAUCCAUUCUUUUCGAUAUGCCUUUCUCUAGUUUAUUUACAAAAAUUCAGAAAUUCGGCGAUAAAGCUGUAACAACAGGCUAUACUCCAGCAGUUCUUGCAGCUCAUACUGUUGGUAUCAUAGGGCUCAAAAACAUAAUGGAAUUGAACUUGAUGGAUCUUUCUACGCGCUCGACAAGUAUGAGUGAGAAGUUUAUUGUGUCCUGGUUCAUGAUUAGUGAAAAAGAUGUCCAGCGUAUGAAGACGCAGUCAUUAGGUCACCUUCUAAAGUCUGAGGCGCCGUACAAAUCAUUUUCCAUGAAUGCUCUUCAACACCUUUCGCUGUAUGAGAUAUCAUCGCGUGCAUUCAAAUCUCAUGAUGAUGUUACGAAAGGUUUUGUUAAAGGAUUGUUUGUAGUGUUUAAAUAUGUAGAGUUCCAACGGAUGCCGCCUAUUUAUGCAAUGUCAGACUCCGAUGUCAAUUCGAUGACUGUUUUGAAAUUGCUUGACAAAUAUCUUGGACUUAAAUCAGAACUUGCAAAAAAUAUUUUUGCGAGAUCUACUUAUGAUUUGUUCAACUUAUAUACACCAAAUGAAUUGAUUAGCAAAGGUUCCAUCAAUAAAUCAUGGACUAUCAGUAAAAUUAAUGAUACCAUCAAAACUUCGCCCAGAAUGGAUGUGUUUACAAAUAUGCAACUUCUCGCCAUCCCACAUUUCUGCAAACAGAAUGCUUCAAGUAACUCUUGGUCACUUGAUGAAGUUGCGAAACGCUGUGUUGGGUACACUUUACAAGAAUUAAAGUCGGUGUUAGGCUUGGUUGGCAACAGUUUUUCUAACAGUGGUAACAAGUCUUUGGUUGAUAUUAAGAAGGAAUUCGCUGAAGAUUCGGAUAUUCUAAAGAAGUUGGAUUAUUUGAACUUAAAGCAAAUAACAACGUUAUCAAACAUGGCAAAUGUUUCAGUUUUCUUAAAGCCCUUACGUGCAAUUACAAUUCCAUUAAAUCCUGCAGCAUUCAAGGAAAAAACAUUUGUGGAUUUGUUGAAAAAUGGAUCAGUGUUUAGUACAGAUGAAGUAAUAAACGAUAUACUGGGCAGUUGGUUAGGUAAACAAGAGUAUGUGGAGAGCGUAUAUCAACAAAAACUUGGUAACAUUGCCGCUGAGUUAAAAAGGAAUCUUACCAGUCUAUUUGAUAUGAAUUUCAAUGAUAUAUUUGCAGUAACUGUUGCAAAAAGCGAUCCUCAAUACGGACCGUUUCUACGAUUUCAACCUUCGAAAAUACUAUGCAAACGAAGAGAAUUCAAUUCAACUCUUAGGGAGAUCAGCAGUUGCUUUAAUAGCACGUACACCAAAUACGUUAAUCUGAGUAUUGCUGGAAAAUUCACACCAAAUGAAUUCAACCUCAUUACUUAUAAUAAACACGAGUUUGGAAUGCUGGAUUUUUUCAGCGUGUCAGUGAUUAUCCAGACAGCUGUGGAAAGGAUUGUUAAAAUUGCUCAUACACCUCUGAUUUUGCUAGCACAUCGGAAAGGGAUUGAUAUCCAAAAACUGACUAAUGACAGUCUCGUUGUAACAUCUCAAUCUAUUUUUGGUUUUAAUGAAGUCAUCUUACAAAGCGUAUUCAACAUUCCUGACAAUAUCAUGAAACAAGCAUCCACCUAUAGUUUACGCAUGUUGCAUGAACUCGAAAACAGUAUUGACAAUGUCAAACAAGUGUACACAGUACCUCUGAUAACCACGUUUGAUGUUGUGUCUGGUCGUUUGGAAGGAAAACAUGCUAAAAAUUACGAACUUCCUAAGGCAAUAAAAGCUAUCAGCGCCCUUAAUUUCACAGUGCUUGCUGCAAUUUACUCGAAAGACAUGUCGUACUUCAAUACAACAAAUUUGGUUUCACUUGCUGAAGAGCUUUUUGGGAUAGAUGAACAUGUUUAUAAAGUUGCUUUUAAUGUCUCAAAACAUUUACAUCUAUUGAGGAACAGGACAAUCCAAGAGAUCAUUUUAUUUUCAUAUUAUGCAAAGCCACCAAUUCGUAGCCUGUCAGUUGCAUCGCCAAGGCUUCUUACUAGAUUUAUCACUAACUUUAGAUCCUUUAAUUUGCAAGAGUUGCUUUUAACAACACCUGAAAUGCUGCUAAACUCAUCGGGAAUUGGCGCCAAGAAUACCACACUAGCUGCUCUGUUAUUAAAUAACAAAUAUGGUGUCAAGAUGGAAGAAUUUCAAGAUUUUGUAAAGGAAACAUUUGUCCACUUCUACUACUUGCCAGCAGGAAAGUUUGCAACGCACCUGAUGUCUUACAAUCUGAAUAAAUUACCAACAAGUGCCUUACAAUCCAAACUACUUUUGGUACUGGACAUCAUCGGAAGAGAUUUGCAGUUUGACGACUAUCUGAUGUUCAAUUUGAACCAAUGGAAAGAUACCGACCAGAUGUGUGUGAAGUCCUCAAUGUCUUCUUGUACACUAAAAACCUUGCUAGAAAAGCAUCAUAAAUCCUUAAAAAAAGAAGCUAGUAGACUUGGCAUUAAUCCGAAAUAUUUAGAUGGUAUUGGCGAAACAGAUUUGCUGCAAUAUCGUCAACUGCUUGGUUUGACAGACAAAGAACUAUCCAGUGAAACUCUUUCUAGAAUCUUUACCCGAAUUUCUGAGGAGUACGAGAAAAUUGACAAGAAAUUGCAUCAACAAACCAUCAUUCAGGAAUUCGACAAGGAGGGGCUUGAUGUGAAUAAAUUAAGUAACAAAGCAUUCCAGAAUGUUUUUUACAACACAACCAACACAACAUUGACUCGACUUCAGUACCAUAAAGAUUUCAAAGGGAAGUACAACUCAUCAUUUAUUGAUCAGAUUAACAAUCAAACACUCCAAGGUUUAAAGAAUUUUGUCUAUCUUAAUGAGCAUACGAUUGGUAUGACUGCUCCAGCAAUUGUUUUGUUACCAUGGUAUCAUGUCAUCAAAUUUUUUACCGGUGGUGUAAGUCUGGAAGUAGUCAACAAAAAACGACUAAUGACAGCCCUGAAUUACAGACAUAAUGUUAGCAUUUCUCACAUCCUCAAGAUGUACAAGAUGUCAAAAGAGUUUGUAAAGUCGAAAUCAAUCCUGUUCAUUUCCAUGCAUCUGUUCGGACUAAACGAAACCAUGACGCAAGCUUAUGGUAAUUUGACUGGAGAGGAGUUUAGUCUACUAAAAAGAUCUACGGUGGAGGACAUUAUGUGGAUAUAUCCUGAUGUGGAUUAUUUUAAUUUGACCACGGUCAACGCUGAAAUGAUGGUCAAGGACAAUGAAUUUUCAAUGGUUUUUACAAGCAGUUUAUCACAUUUAAGAAAGAGAAAUAUUUCGGGCGAGUUUGAUCAUAAAAAUGCCAGUCUAUUAGCUAUUAUCUCCCAUUAUGGAAAGGUAAACAAAACAAUGCUGAAAAAUAUGAUAUUUCGCGGAAUGAACUCAAGCAGAAUGGACAUGACAUCUAGUUCAUAUGAUCGUUUUAAAAAGUAUAUCGAAAUGAAAAAUUUUGGUGAUUAUUCAAGCUCUUUUAAAAAAAAUGGUACCUUACUUAAUUCUUUGAAAAUUAAAGACUUGCUUAUUCAAACAUAUGAUGAUUUAAACAAUUGUGACAUGAAUUCCACGUACUGUCAACUAAUUGACUUGAAUUCUGCUUGUGUAAACACAACUAUGGCUCAUGAGUGCAAGUGUAAUUCAGGUUUUAAACCUAAAGAUACCAUGUGUAAUGAUAUCAACGAGUGCGAUUCUAACCCUUGUAACGCCACAUCUAUAUGCGUCAACACAGAUGGAAAUUACAUGUGUAUGUGCCGCACUGGUUACAUUAAAAAUGAAACGCAUGGAUGCGUGGAUAUGAAUGAAUGCGAUAUGUCAUCCACUUGUGAUGCAAGAGUAAAUUGCACCAACACAGAGGGAUCGUUCACUUGUGGUGAUUGUCCUGAAGGCUUAGCUGGCAACGGAACUAUUUGUGAAGAUAUGUGCAAAGCAACACCGUGUCCAGGGGAAUCGAAAUGUGUCAACAGCUACUUCGGUCCCAGUUGCCAAUGCAAAGAUGGAUAUUUCUUCGAUCCAAUAUCCAGGCAAUGCAAGCUGGGAAAAUCUAUCACAAAGUUAAAGGGAAUCAAGUUUAAGAAAACCUACAUUGCCGCAUAUGCGAAUAAGACUACAAAAGCUUUCGUGGAUAUCGCCACCAAAAUUGAACAGAAAAUGCUUCAAAUCUUCCACUUGUCUGGUCGCGUAUCUGUUAUCAGCGUUCAAGUUAGUGAAAUCACACGAGGUAGCAUCGUUGUUGACUUGAAUGUGAUUGAAAACACCACCACAACAACCAACACCACUGCAGAGAUAAAGAAAACAGUUGAAGAUGGAAUAGCUGGUGGAAGUCUGGAUAGUCUUAAUGUUGAUGUAAAUUCUUCAAUAGUGGGUGAAAAAACCGACAUCUGCAAAUUAGGCACGCACAAUUGUGACACGCAUGCCACCUGCGUCACUACUGCGACUGCGUUUGAAUGUCAAUGCAAAGAUGGUUACGUUAUGAAAAAUAAAAACUGUACGAAGAAGACAGUCGAUGAUGAUGAUGACGAUGACAACGAACUUUUGGUGGCGAUUCUGUUACCGGUUUUCGUGGUGAUCGUCAUUUUAGUGUUUGUGUUGGCCAUAUAUUGCUCAAGACGUUCAGAGAGGGUCAAAUACAAACCUGGCUCUGAAUCGCAAUUUCAAAAUGGAUCUUAUGAAAUGGAAUAGGAGAUCGGAGUUUUUUUUGCUUUUUUUUGUAUUUUUAAUGUAGUAAUUUUUUGCAAAGCACUUAAAAUAAAAACUUUUCUAAUUUUCGCGGGUAUUUGUUUCGCGAAUUUGCGAAGUCAUGCACCUGUGAAAUAUUUUGAUAAAUUUAACAACGGGGAAGAAAUUAUGAGCGUACGCAACCCGCGAAAAUUUGUAGAAUAUGCACUUAUCACUAAAGCAUAGUUAAAAUUUUUGUUCCUAAUGUUUCUUGUACAUAUUUUUCGCUUAUUAUUCUUUUGGGAUCCUUCUUUCAUCGAACAUUUUUAAUUAUGACGACAAUUAUGAGGCAGUUAAAUAAGUUUAUAAGCUUAUCACUAACCAAAUCUUCACCUGAAGUAUGCUGAUAAGAGAUAUCAUAGAAGUAAAGUGAUUUUCUAAUUUAUGCAAAUAAAUUAUUUUUAAUGAAAAUAA